UGCCCCUCAACACUGUCGCAAAACGUGUAGAAGCGCGACAUUUUUCUAUCACAACAGUUAAUGGUUUACGGCACCUGCCCUCACUGCGCUUGUGGUAGGGGAAAGUGGACGUUAUGCGAGCUUACUUUGGGGACUGUUUCUUUUGCAAGUAACUGCUGCUGUCACUCGGGUCGCUUUGAGGAUGGAUCCUGUGGUGUUGAGCUACCAGGACAGUCUGCUGCGGCGCUCAGAUGUGGCGCUUUUAAACGGACCGCACUGGCUCAACGAUCAGGUCAUAGGAUUCGCCUUUGAGUACUUUGCAACAGAGCGCUUCAAAAGUCUGGGCGAGAAGGUCUGUUUCAUCAGCCCUGAAGUCACCCAGUUCAUUAAGUACGCCUCGUGUCAAGAGGAGCUCGCCAUUUUCCUGGAGCCGCUGAGUCUCGCGUCCCGCCGGUGGGUUUUUUUGGCCGUCAAUGACAACGCUAACCAAACGGCCGGUGGCUCCCAUUGGAGCUUGCUCGUCUAUCGGCGAGACACCAGUCAGUUCACCCACUAUGACUCCCAGAGCGGAGGUAACUCAUUGCACGCCCGUCGUAUUGCAGCCAAGUUGGAGGCUUUUCUAGGAGCUGGGGUGAAAGUGCCUUUCGUGGAGGAGCAGUGCCCCUCGCAGCAGAACAGCUAUGACUGCGGCAUGUAUGUGAUCUGUAACGCCGAUGCUCUGUGCGAGAGCGCGAGAGUCGAAGGCUGCCCGCACCUGCCCGCUCAGAUCAUAACACCCACCUACAUCACACGCAAACGGACAGAAUGGUAUUCGCUAAUACAGAGACUCGCUAAGGAAUGACUAGUUGACCUCUUACAUCAGUGUCAUGUUCACGAGAACUGGUAAAAGUGAACACACACACAUUUAUCAUACUCAAUCCUGCAUGAAAGAAAUCGCAUGCACUUGUUUUCCAAACUCUUAAAGGAACAGUUCACCAAAAAACGAAAAAUUCUAUCAUCACGUUACUCGCUUUCAUCACUCCAUACCCAAAAUGAGGCGUGAUAUCCUCAAUCUUCAGUUUGUUUUCAUAUAAUGAAUGUAAAUGGGGACCAAUCUGUCAAGCUCCAAAAAUGACAAAAAGGCACCAUUAAAGUAUAAAAAAGUAGUUGGUUUGUCCAUAUUUAACCCAACUUGGGUUGUUUUUAACCCAGCAUUUUUUUUAGAGUGAUACAAUGGCUUUGUGUGAGAAAAAGACAGAAAUUUAAAAAGUUAUUACCCUCCACCGUAGCUCUCAAAUCUAAUUUUUAUUUGCAAUGAUGGCACAUCAUGUCAGAUUUGAUGUCAAUGAAUUAAUGUGUGCGUCUUAAUCGUUCUGAUCCAACUAUGAAUUUGUGGAAGUGCGAAAGGGAUUUGAGAGGGAAGAUUUUCACUGAAUAAAGAGUUAAAUUUCUUCUGUUUUUCACACAAAUAUGGCUUCAGAAGAGCACAAGUCAUAUGAACUACUUCUGUAAUACUUGCAUGCUUUUUUGUUUACAUUUAGAGCUUUACAUCAUCAGUCCCCAUUCAUUUUCACUGUAUGAAAAUAAGAUGUCAACAUUCUGCAAAACAUCUCAUUUUGUCUUCCAUCAAGGAAAUAAAAUCACACGAGUAAGUGAUGACCGAUUGUUUGAUUUUUGGAUGCGCUGUCCCUUUAAGAAAAUAUCUGUAAUCUUUCACCCAUUCAUAAGGGAGAAGAGACUUGUGAUCGGUGUAACCAAUCAGUUUGCAGCACAAGUUGGGAGAUUGAGAAUGUAUUAUUUAUUGCUGAUUAGUUUAGAUUAGUAGCAUGAAGCGAGUAAGUGAAUGUGAUGCUUGUUUACAAGAACAUUUGCUCAGGGCUUAUUUUGAGAAAAGUACAGAUGACAGAGUCUAAGCGGUCUAAGCUACUGUUUGCCACGGACAUGUUACAAUACAUGGGCUGAACAAAAAUAGAGUGUGUUUUAUUUAACCAAGUUCACUUUCUCGAUCUGAUCUGAAAAGAUGCUCGUAACCUCACACCCGCAAAUGCAUGAUUGUACGACAGUUUAUUCUUCAGCUGUAUGAACCAGUUUUGAAUAAAGCAGAUAAGAAUGAGCACAUUGAUUCAUCCCAAUAAAAACUUACAUCAUUA